UACCAUCAAUAAUAUUAUCAUACACUGCAGAAACUUAAACAAUGCCACAGAAAAUUAAACCAAAUGUGGAGGAGCAGUUAGCACUAUACCGGCUUCAGAAAAAGCAGGAAGAAAAUCGUCGAGCUUUUAAACAGCGUCUAUGGAACAACUUUGUGACAAUCAUCACUUUGGGGACCAGAGCCCAGAGGUCUUCAGAUGGUACACAUGAUAACAGCUCUGAAAUAGGCAGUGUUAAAAUGGACAGUCAAAACAGCAGUAAGGAAGUCAAUUCUAAGGAAAUGCGGAGGAGAACUGGCCAGUCAAGCAAUGUGUCCUCUAGUGCCAGCACAGAUUUCAUUGAUGAAGACCUUCAAACCUCGUCAUUUAUGUUUUAUGCUAAUUACACAACAUUGGAUUGGGUUUCCCUGGGACUGAAAUGUCUGAUGUGGCUUCUGCUCUUCAAAGUAUUCAUACUAAUUGAAUUUGGAGCAGUGUUUUUUAUUUUUAGUGCCUUUAUAUUUAUAUGGUUCACACUGAGAUCUGAGCCAAAGAAAAAAGGUGAAGUAAGUGCCUACUCAGUGUUCAAUCCAGAUUGUAAAGCCAUUGAUGGAUCAUAUACUGCUGAACAGUUUGAACGGGAACUUUUGCAUAAAAUGUAAAAAUGUUUACAAUGGAUAAUAUCAAAAAAUGGCACCUUGUCAGAAAUCGUCUGAAAUGAACUGAAGAACACAGGGUAAAAAUAGUUAUGUUCAUUAGACCACAAAAAGUCAACCAAAUUUUAAUAAAGCCUUUUUUAAUGUCAGAACUCAAAAAUAAUUAAACUUUCUAUUCACUGUAGCUGUCAUUGCUUUUUGAUAUGGAACUGUAUGAGAGAGGGUUGAUGUGAUCCUGUACAAUAUCUGGGCAGAUAUGACAGGCAGUUCAGCAGCCAUUACCUGCCACAACGAUCACUGCAGUCAUCAGUAAAAUGCCAUAUUUUACCAGUCAUGAUAAGAUUUUUUACUAAAUAAGUACAGUGGUACCUUAAGUUACGAACUUAAUUCGUUCCAGAAGGCUGUUCAAGUGCUGAUACCGAAUGAAUUUGUUCCACUAAGGAAUAAUGUAAAUUAGAUUAGUCUGUUUCAGACCCCAGAAAUACACUUACAAAAGUACACUUACAUAAUUGUUCGAGUUGGGAGCUGUUCGAAACUCGAGGUACCACUGUAUGUCCAGAGUACAACUCGCCAUAAUAUUAAUGCAAGCUGUCCAAGAAAACUAGAUAAAAUAGUGAGAAAAGCUUCUCAAGGCUCAGCAUAUGCUGUUGUUACAGAAGGGUUAAGGGUUGUGAUGGCCCAAGGCUUGUUGGGUCCAUCUCACCGAUGUGAAAUUAAUUACCAUAAUAUUUUUUGCUAAUAUAAAUUAGUACAUAUUUAUUAUAAUAAAAUAUUAAAAUAAAAUUAUAAUUUUCCUUGCA